AUUGCCCCUCCACCCCACCAACUUUUACCCCUCCAUGCUUGAACAGCGUGAAUAGGAAAAGAGACAAUAUCGUAACUUUCAACCAAUCUAGGUUUACAUACGUCAAAUUAAUUACGUGCUCAAUACGGAGGACAAAAUGAAGCCUCAUGUGGUAACAUCCGAGCCACUGGAGAUUGGAGAUGCCAGAUGGAUGACGUUGGUCAAAAUUAAGUACAGAGACGUGGAUGGUAAAGACCGCGUCUGGGAAGGAGUCGAGAGAAAGACACGCGCGACAGGCGGCUCAGUCGACGCGGUCCACAUUGUUGCCGUGUUCAAGAAAGAAACAGGCCCAGAGCUUCUACUCCAGCGACAGUUCCGCCCGGCCGUGGGCAAAAUCUGUAUCGAACUCCCCGCUGGACUGCUUGACAAAGGCGAAACCGUCGAACAGUGCGCGAUUCGCGAACUCGCAGAAGAGACUGGCUACGUCGGUACCAUCAAGCCGGAUUCGUAUGGGAACAGCCCGAAGCUUUUCGGCGCUGGCCUUCAAAUGCUGACUCUAUCUAGUUCCUGCUCUGUCAUAGUCCAUGUUGAUAUAGACAUGCAAGCAGAGGAAAAUCGCAAUCCCAAGCCGCGCUUGGAAGAAGGGGAAUUCAUCGAGUGUUUCUCACUGCCCUUGACCAGCCUUUACGUCGAAUGUAGGAGACUAGAAGCCGAAGGUUAUGCUAUUGAUGGAAAGCUCGGGUCUUUCAUAGAGGGCUUUCAAAUGUCCCAGGUGUGGCGAGCCUAA